AAUGUCGAUCCAGAAGAAGAAGCAGCUCUUGAAAAAUUUUUGGUUAGAAAGGAUGCUUCUGCUCAAAGAACUCUUUUUGAUAUUAUCAGUGAGAAGAUUGAUAAGAAAAAAUGGGAAAUGGAAACGCAACUAUCGCAAACUAGUGCUGAUGAUAUUGUGGUGCGUGAAAUGGAUCCUGGUGUAAUCGAUAUGUUUCGACAAAUUGGCGCACUUCUUUCGACUUACCGAAGCGGGAAAAUUCCGAAAGCUUUCAAAAUAAUACCAAAAAUGAUUAAUUGGGAACAGAUACUUUAUUUGACAAAUCCAGAUAAAUGGUCUGCGGCUUCAAUGUAUCAAGCUACUCGACUUUUCGCUUCUAAUCUGAAUGUAAAAAUGUGUGAGAGGUUUUACUGUAUGGUAUUGUUACCUCGUCUGCGCGAUGAUAUUGACGAAUAUAAGAAAUUAAACUUUCAUCUCUAUCAAGCAUUGCAUAAGGCUAUGUAUAAGCCUCAAGCAUUUUUUAAAGGAAUAAUUUUCCCUCUUUGUGAGUCAGGAACAUGUACUCUUCGUGAAGCUGUUAUAUUCGGUUCAGUAUUAGCUAAAACAUCCAUUCCUAUUUUACAUGCUGCUGCAGCUAUGAUGAGGAUCGCUGAAAUGGAGUAUUCUGGUUCAAAUUCAUUAUUUCUUCGUAUAUUGAUUGAUAAGAAAUAUACAUUACCUUAUCGUGCUAUUGAUUCACUUUUAAACCAUUUUCUAAGAUUUCAUGAUGAGGAGCGAAAGCUUCCUGUCUUGUGGCAUCAGUCUUUACUGGUAUUUGUUCAGCGCUAUAAAGGUGAGAUGAACAAAGAACAACGUGACUCGUUAUUGGGACUUCUUAAGGCCAGUUUUUUCGUACAAAAUCAUUAUCAAAUCACCCCGGAGAUUCGAAGGGAAUUGCAAAGUUGCGAACCUGCAAGGGAGUCAUUUAAUGAUGUUGAUUUCGAACAAAUGGAGUCAUAA